AAACACAGUGUGUAACCAAUUAAAAAAGAAAAGGGUCCUCGACUUCUCUAACAUCUUUUUCCCCGUACUCAACCUCGAGACGGCACUCUCUCCCCUACAGCACUGCAACACUCUCCCUCUCUGUAGAGUCUGGACAGGCACACACGCAGAGCUCAUAUGUUAAUAAACCGUUUCCAUUUCACUCUUUGUCACUCUCUCUCUCUCGGUUUCGAAACCCAAACGAACUAACAAAUGCCGCAACUGACGGAGCUCAGCCGUGUGGACCCGCGGAUCUGGCGAGCCUGUGCUGGAUCCUCCGUUCAAAUCCCCACCAUUAAUUCUAGGGUUUACUACUUCCCUCAGGGGCAUCUCGAACAAUCCUCAUCGUCUACGGCGCCUCAUCCCCCAUUUCUCUCCAAUCUCGCUCUCUCUAAACCCUUAAUUUCUUGCCAAAUCUCCGCCGUUGAUUUCCUCGCCGAUCCGGUAACCGAUGAGGUCUUCAUUAGACUUCUCCUUCUCCCUCUCCCUCUCAAUAAUCACUCCUGUAACCUCCCUAUCUCCUUUCUAGAACCUUCUAGAAGUGAGGGUGGAGGUGUUAAUGACGUCGAUGACGAUGAGAAUAAGAUUUUGGCCUUCGCUAAGAUUCUAACGCCGUCAGAUGCGAAUAACGGUGGUGGUUUCUCCGUCCCGAGGUUCUGUGCCGACUCGAUUUUCCCUCCGUUAAACUACCAGGCGGAGCCUCCGGUUCAGACUCUAACGGUCACCGAUAUUCACGGAAUUAGUUGGGAUUUCAGACACAUUUAUCGAGGGACGCCACGCAGGCACUUGCUAACUACUGGAUGGAGUAAGUUUGUGAACAAUAAGAAGUUGAUUGCGGGUGACUCGGUGGUUUUUAUGAGGAAUUUGAAGGGAGAGAUGUUUAUUGGAGUGAGGAGGGCAGUUAGGCUUAAUAACAGUGCCAGGUGGAGGGAGCAGAUUGCUGGUGGCGGUGGAGAGGGCAAAGUGAAGGUAGAGGAGGGAUUUUCGAUGAGUGGGAGAGGGAGGUUGUCCCAGGAGGCUGUGGCGGAGGCUGUGGAGAUGGCGGCUAAAGGUUUGCCGUUUGACGUUGUGUAUUAUCCGAGGGCAGGUUGGUACUCAGAUUUUGUGGUGAGGGCUGAAGCGGUGGAGGCUGCCCUUGGUGUGUUUUGGACUGCCGGGAUGAGAGUGAAGAUGGCCAUGGAGACUGAGGAUUCUUCUAGAAUGACUUGGUUUCAGGGGACUGUUUCGGGUACUGGCUUACCAGACUCUGGUGCAUGGCGUGGCUCUCCUUGGCGCAUGCUUCAGAUUACGUGGGAUGAGCCUGAAGUUUUGCAGAAUGCAAAGAGAGUGAGCCCUUGGCAAGUUGAAUUUGUUGCAACCACUCCACAGCUUCAAGCUGCAUUCCCCCCAAUGAAGAAAUUGAGAUAUCCAAAUGAUUCUAGGUUCCUGACAGAUGGAGAACUUUUUUUUCCCAUGUCAGAUCUAACUAAUUCAACUAUGGGGCACACGAAUGCUUCAAUGUUGAAUUAUAGUACUUUUCCUGCUGGCAUGCAGGGAGCCAGGCAAGAUCCUUUUUCCACAUUCGGUUUAUCCAACUUUAUAAGUGAAAAUGCUCCUCAGGUGUUCAGUGACAGGGCCUUUGGAAACAACUUGGUCCCUAAGAUGAAAAGAAUGCCCAGUGAGAUGAACAUUGGCAGUUUGCAGUCUGAGAACUUAUCACCUGAGAGCCAGAGUAGUGCAUAUUCUUUUGGCAUAGGUUUUGUUGGAAACAGGGGCUUCAACCCCAAGAAAGUUGGAAUUAACUCUAUUCAGUUAUUUGGUAAGAUCAUUCACAUGGACCAGCCUGUUGAAAAUGGUUUUGAUGAUGUUGGCUUCAUGGAUGACAGCAGUAAAUGUUGCACUGAAACUGAAGGUGUUGAUGCACUGGAACUUUCACUGACUUCCUCCUACACAGAACUACUCAACAGGAUUGAUGCCCAAUGCCAAAGAGCUUCACCUGUUGAGGCAUGUCCUACUUGAACAAGUAGUUCUGUAGCGCAUGCAUAUAAGUAGCUGUGCAGGUAUGUUUUUUGUGACUGGACCCCACAAACUCUAUUAUCUUAAACUUGCCUGAAAUGUUACUUCUUUAAAUUUGAUUGUGCAUCUUGGCUAGUUGUUUACAAAUACUUAAUUAAUGAUCAAGUUCCUAUAAUAUGGUUACUGCCAUGCAAUUUCAACUAAUUGAGCCUUAUCUCAAAUGUUCUUCAUUUAGCUUUAAUGUCAUUACAUUCUUUUCAUGUAUCAUGCUUCCCUAGGAAUUUGUUUUAAUGUAUCAUGCACAUGUUAAUCUUGCACUAGAUUUAGAGAGUGUGGUUCCAGUGUGAGCAAUUCCUCACUGACACUUCUCCUUACAUUUGUUCAGUAUCUACGUUGAUUUAUAGAUAUCUUUAGAUCUUUGCAUUCUUUAACUUAUUCCUAAGCAAACCUGUUUGUUGUUGAAAUAAACUGCAGGUUUCUUUUUUCAUUAGAAGGUAAAUAUGGUGUCCAUUGAGGAGUAAGUGGUCCUGUUCUAAUAUACUAGUGACAAUCAAAUUAGUUGAAAUAAACAGCUCUUUGACUUUCAGAAGCAUAACAUGGUACACUAUACACAAUUUUUUUUCUUGGGUCUUGAUUUUCAAAGAUAUCUACAGCCAGUCAAAUGCCUCUGAAGAACUAAUUCUUUUUCUAAUAUAGUUUGUGCUGAGAUGAAUAGUCAAAACCAUUUAUUUGUUUUGAAGCAAAACAAAGUUCCAAAGGAUUUCUAUGGAUUGCUGUGUAGUAAAAGCAUCAUGCUAUAUGGUUGAUGGUCAAUACUAGAAGAAUCUGUUCAAAUUCAAAAGUUCGGUGAUGUACAUUCCGAAGGAUUUCUUCCAAUCUCCUGAUUUUAUCAUGUAAUUGGGAAUCAGAUAAUACAAUUCCUGUUUAAUAUAUAACAAGUUCUGCAAGUAUUUUACUAUUAAGAAGCAACUAUAACUACAUGAUACAGCUUUCUUGCGAAUGACCCACAAAUGCCAAAAAUCUCUUUUGAUCCUGAUAUGCCAAAGACAGUUUUUAUUUUACUGUCGGGUAAUAGUUCCAUUGAUGGCAGAUGAAAGGAAAAGACUAUAAAAACUAUUUUCAAUCACUUUUGGCAUUUGGUUGUCACGGAAAAGGGUGAGUGGAUGAACAGACUUGUCAUGUAUUAAAUCCAAAAGGACAAGAAUAUCUACUCUCUUCUCCUUUCAUGAGCGCCACAUUUAUAGCUAGACUUGCCUUGUUUAUUAGGAAAUGAUGAAUUAAAAUGCUUUAUUAUGACUCGUAGUGCUGGAUUCGCUGUUCUUGAUUAGCGUGGAGAAAAAGAACUGGAGCCGAAAAACAAAUAGGCCUUUGUGCAGUUUCAGUGUGAAAUUUUUUUAUUUUAUUUAUCAAGAAGCCAUUUCUGACACAUACUCUGUUGGAUCAUCAUGUUUGCAGGUUCUAUCUGCAUGCAGGGAGCUGACUUCUGAAUAGACCCCUGCAGUAGUAACUGGUCUCUGUUGGUGUUAGUGUAUGCUAGUUUGUUCUAGUUAGUGAUGUUGAGAACUAAAGAGAAUUGACUUGGCAUAUGUUUAAAAUUUAGUGCUGGAUAUUCUUGUGGCA